AUCCCCUCCCUGUUCUGUUCCACUCUCCCUCUUCCUCUCUCCCUUCCCCGCCUCCUCUUGCCGUACGCCACGUCUCGAGUCCCCUCGCCCUCUCCUCGCCUGCGCGCUGAUCCACCGACCGACCGCUCGCGACGAGUCAAAGGGGCGAGGACCCCUCGACCUCUUCCUCCCAGCAACCCAGCGAGCAUGACGUGUACCGGCGGCGGCGGCGGCGGCGGCGAGCACUACUCGCGGCAGGUCCGCGAGCUCUGCGCGCUGCUGCUCGCCAUCGUGUCCCCCUCCCCGGCGCCGCCGCGGCAGCCGGUGUCGACGAUGUCCCCUGCCGCGGCCGCGGCCAUGCUCCUCGGCGCGUCGGUGGCGCUCAUGCUCUGCGGCUCCGUCACCUUCGCCAUCGGCUUCCUCCUCAUGCCCUGGGUCGCCGGCCUCGCGCUCCUCUUCGGCUUCGCCGGCGCCGUCAACACCCUCUCCUCCUCGGGGCUGUUCCUCUGCAGCGGCAGCGGCACCAAGCAGCCCCCCGCCGCGGGCCCCUGCAAGCACACGCGGUGACGGAUCGUCAUCGGGCUCGGGCCGCCGGGGCCCCAACCCCAGUGGUCGGAUCCGAUGCGCUCCUCGCCUAGCUUGCUCCCCUCCUCCGGCCAGCCGGAACCGUGCCUAGAUUUAUUUUUCUUCUUCGUGGAUGGAUGGAUGAUGGAAGGAUUAUUAUAAUUCCCUGUAAAAACGCGCCCAUUUGCUGUAGUACUAAUAUGCUGGUUAAUGGGAGGAAUGUCACAGGAUAUUUAAGUGAUCGUUUAGAAUCCUUAUUGAGAA